UUAUCUUCUUCGAUUGUUUAUACUAAACCUACAAAGGAACAAAAAGAAUAUUUUAAACAAAAGUCUGUUGUUGAAAAUACUCAUUUAUCAAUAAACAGCUGGCUUAAAAAAUUUGAAAAUUACCGCAAAACAGUUAGACUGGCUGUUGAUUUACUUGAUCAAAAACAAUUUCCUUAUUUACUUUUGAUACUUGAUGGUAAAUUAAAAGAAUUAGUUAAAGUUG